GAAUGAUGAGUGAUGGUUUCUGUGAUGCCACUUGGAGCUUUUUUCACUGUGGAAUGGACUGAUAACACAGCCUGGAGACUUGACAGCAGACUAAAGAAAGCUCUGGGACAGUGACCCUUGCUUUUUUUUUUUUUUUUUUCCCUUUCCAUUGGACAAAAGUACUCCAAAGGAAAGAACUCUUUUUAGUGCCAUCUCCGAAUUUUUCCCAAUUUCUGCCACUUCAAAUGAGGACAGGAUAGAAUUGGCACAUCUUUCUGAUUUAAAGCGUAUCACCUUCCGAGACAGAUGGUCUGUCAAAUGCUGUAGGAUGCCUGCAGAGAACAUCAUAAUGAAGAAGAAAAUUGAUAGUUGUGCCACUGCCUAAUUGUCAGGAUCACAGCCGAUAAAGCUGCACUGCCCUUUCCCUGCUGCCUUAAUCGGGUCAUGAACAGCAGGGUGGACAUGGCCGGCCUUGUUAACCACUUGCUAAUAUUGUUCCUUAUUUUUCAAAACAGCUGUUUGGCUUUCAGAAGCCCUCUUUCUGUCUUUAAGAGGUAUAAGGAUGCUACUAGGUCUCAUUCCAGUGAAUGUCUUGGCAGCAACAGGCAGCUGGUUCCACUAGGUUUAUCAGAAUUUGCACUGGAUAUUCGUAUGCCUGGAGUGACUCCUAAACAGUCUGAUACUUACCUUUGCAUGUCGCUGCGUUUGCCAGUAGAAGAGGAAGCUUAUGUAGUUGACUUCAAACCUCAUGCCAGUAUGGACACUGUCCAUCAUAUGCUACUAUUUGGAUGUAACAAUCCUGCUUCAGAUGACGAUUACUGGGAUUGUGAUGGUGAAACAUGCAUGGACACAAGUGAUAUCUUAUAUGCUUGGGCAAGAAAUGCACCACCAACAAGACUGCCAAAAGGUGUUGGAUUUAAAGUUGGAGGAGAAAUGGGUAGCAAAUACUUCGUUCUCCAAGUCCAUUAUGGGGAUGUUAGUGCAUUCAAAGAUAAACACAAAGACUGUUCUGGAGUGACUUUACAUCUGACUAAUCAAAAGCAGCCUCUGAUUGCUGGCAUGUAUCUUAUGAUGUCCAUGGAUACUGUUAUACCUCCUGGAGAAAAAGUGGUUAAUGCAGAUAUUGCUUGCCAUUAUAAAAUGUAUCCAAUGCAUCCAUUUGCUUAUAGAGUGCACACCCAUCACUUAGGAAAAGUAGUAAGCGGGUAUCGAGUUAGAGAUGGUCAAUGGACACCGAUUGGCCGGCAAAGUCCUCAACUGCCACAGGCAUUUUACCCUGUAGAAAAUCCUGUAGAAAUCAAGUAUGGUGAUAUUCUGGCAGCAAGAUGUGUCUUUACCGGUGAAGGCAGAUCUUCAGAAACAUAUAUAGGGGGUACAGCCAGGGAUGAAAUGUGCAAUUUCUAUAUUAUGUAUUACAUGGAAGCCAAAUAUGCAGUUUCAUCCAUGACCUGUACACAGAACAUUAACCCAGAGAUGUUCAAAAGCAUACCUCAAGAAGCAAAUAUCCCUAUUCCAGUCAAGCCUGAUAUGACUAUGAUAGCCCAUGGACAUAAUGAAGAAAUCAAAAAUGAAGACACAGGUACUAUAAUACAGCAGCCAAAAAGAGAAGAGGAAGAAGUUUUAGAUCAGGGUGAUUUCUAUUCCCUCAUUUCCAGGCUGCUAGGAGAAAGGGAAGACGUGGUUCACCUGCACAAGUAUAACCCUACAGAAAAGGCUGAAUCAGAUUUUGUGGCUGAGAUUGCUAAUGUAGUCCAGAAGAAGGAUCUUGGCUGGCCUGAUGCCAGAGCAUUUUCCAAGAAUGACAAAAGGGCUAAUACCAUUCUUGUCAGAGACAGAAUCCACAAGUUUCACAGAUUAGAAUCAACUCUGAGGCCCCCGGAAAACAGGCAUUUUGCUUUACAGCAAGCUAAACCUGGUGUAGGGAACUGGGAAAAAGAACAGACAGGAGGUUUAAAUAUAGAAGAAGUAGCUGACUGGCCUGGCAUAAACCUCAGGCUGGGCCAAGUUUCUGGGCUGGCCCUGGAUCCUAAUAACAAUUUAGUCAUCUUUCACAGAGGCAACCAUGUAUGGGAUGCAAACUCAUUCAACAGUAGCUAUGUUUAUCAACAGAAAGGACUUGGACCAAUUAAAGAAAGUACUAUUCUUGUACUGGAGGCUAGUAGUUCAGCAAUUCUGCAUUCCACAGGAAGAAAUAUGUUUUAUUUACCUCAUGGCUUGAGUAUAGAUAAUAAUGGUAACUACUGGGUGACAGAUGUAGCUCUUCACCAGGUGUUCAAACUGGCUUCAAAUGGUGCGGAAUCUCCUUUGCUGACUUUAGGGAGGGCUUUGCAACCUGGAAGCGACAAAUAUCACUUCUGCCAACCCACUGAUGUGGCAGUAGAUCCAGCGAGUGGGAAUAUUUAUGUGUCCGACGGCUAUUGUAAUAGUCGUAUUGUUCGGUUCUCUCCAAAUGGAAUAUUUGUCAUGCAGUGGGGAGAAGAGACUUCUGUAGGUCAAGCUAAACCUGCCCAGUUCAACAUCCCUCACAGCUUAACUCUUGUAUCUGAAUUUGGUCAGCUGUGUGUAGCAGACAGAGAAAAUGGUCGGAUUCAGUGUUUUAAGCCAGAAACAGGCGAAUUUGUGAGAGAGAUCAGACAUCCGUUGUUUGGAAGAGAAGUUUUUGCAGUUUCUUAUGCUCCAGGUAAUUAUUAAAAAGUAUUACGUUUG